AUGACUGAGACUUAUAGGGAUUGGCAUGAAAAGCUACCGUUUGCACUCUUGGCUUAUCGAACGUCUGUUAGAACUUCUACUAGGGCAACUCCGUUCUCGUUAGUUUACGGGAUGGAAGCAGUUUUACCUAUUGAAGUGGAAAUACCUUCUCUCCGAAUUUUAAUAGAGAUAAGGUUAGAUGAAGCUGAAUGGAUGUACCAGAAGCGUAUGAUGCGAGCUUAUGAUAAAAAAGUUCGUCCAAGGGAAUUCCAUGAAGGGGACCUUGUGCUAAAGAAAAUCCUGCCCAUUCAGAAGGACUUUAGAGGAAAAUGGAUGCCAAAUUGGGAGGGUCCAUACGUCGUGAAGAAGGUUUUUUCUGGUGGUGCAUUGAUUUUGACAGAAAUGGAUGGAAAGAGUCUACCCAAUCCGGUGAACUCAGACUCAGUCAAAAAACAGACUCAAGAUGAUUUGACAUCCUUACAAAUAGAAGAAGUAGCUCAGUUUGAUGGAAAGAAGAUUGAAGAUCAUGGAACCGGUCAAAUUUGGGUCUUUCUAUGA